ACUCUCCCUUACGCUACCGCAAGAUUACCCUUCCCGGGCCGAAGGAGUCUCAGCAAGCUAGAGUGGGGGUCACCCCGUCUUGUGCAACAUCACGACUUAUCAUAUCUUUUCCUCAUCCCUCCACCCGUUGUCCUCCUCUCUUCGUUAGCCUUGCCCUCUCUCUCUCUCUCUCUCUCUCGAUCUGCCAUUUCCUGCUAUCGGCGGCUCCUGUAUUUCUAGAUUAUGGCUACCAUUGACACCGCCUCGACUACUGGCUUAGGCGCAGAAUAUGACUACGUUGUUGUUGGAGGUGGAACAUCGGGACUUGUGGUCGCUUCGAGGCUGUCUGAAGAUAAGGAUGUCCGUGUCCUGGUCCUCGAGGCCGGCGCGAACCGCCUAACAGACCCGAAGGUAUCUAUUCAAGGCCUUGCUGCUUCUCUUUAUUUUGACCCGGACUAUGACUGGUGCAUCACUACAGAGCCUCAAGUCGGGCUUAACAGCCGUAGGCUGGCACAGCCUCUGGGGAAAACUCUAGGUGGAUCUUCGGCCAUCAAUCUCGGAAUGGUAAUCUAUCCAUCUAAAUCAGGUUUCGACACAUGGGAUAAACUGGGAAACCGGGGCUGGGGUUGGGAAAUCAUGGAAAGUUAUUUUCGCAAAUUCCACACAUUUACCGAACCCCAACCGAAGCUCAAAAAGGAGUUCAUGUUAGAUUACUUGAGCGGCGUUCACGGCACAGACGGUCCUAUCCAGGUCUCGUACGGUAGCGAGGAAGGUUUUCCUCCCUUUGCUCAAGCCUGGCCGCGGGCCUGGUCUGCUCUAUGCAAGCCUAUCGACGGCGACCCUAUCGCUGGCACGUCCAUUGGGGCCUUCAACAAUGCCGCCGCGCUUCACCCAACGACUAGGGAGAGGAGCCACGCUGGGAACACGUACUUUUCUGACAAGGUUGCCCAGCGACCAAACCUUCGCGUCGUCACGGAGGCGUUCGUCGAGAAGAUAUUGUUUUCCCAACAAACCGACAAUACCAAUAAACCCCGAGCUACUGGUGCUACGUUCGUCACGAAAGACGGCCAGACUCGACAGGUCACUGCCACGCGUGAAGUUAUUCUAGCUGCUGGCGCAGUAAAGUCGCCUCAACUGUUGGAGCUUUCGGGAAUCGGUAAUAAGGAUGUACUUGCAAAACACGGGAUUAACUGUCUUCUAAACAAUCCCAAUAUAGGCGAGAAUCUCCAGGACCACGGUUUCGUACCAUUUUCUUGGGAAGUGGCCGAUCCGACGUCGUCGGGCGAUCAGAUGCGCGACCCGAGCGUGGUCGGAGCGGUGAUGAGUGCUUAUCAGGAGACCAAGGCAGGCCCCUUAUCCGUCAACGCGCUCGCAUCGGCCUUUUUUCCACUCCAAGACCAAGAUCUCACACCAGUCUCCGUCAGCCAGCUGCUUUCCGAGCUUGGCCAGGCAGAUGUAGAGCCCAGGGUCCUCCGUGAACAAAUUUGUACCCCUGGCGAGUGCUCGGCGCAGUUUACGCUCGCACCAUUCCAGCUCAAUCCUUUUCCCGGGGACUCCCCUUCGCAGAUCUUUGGCCUUGGCACCGAAGGCUUCUACGCGUCUAUCGUGGCGGUUCUGAACCAUCCUUUUAGCCGCGGAUCGGUUCAUAUACAAUCAGCAGACCCGCGCUCGUCACCAGUCGUCGACCCGCGUGCCAUGUCUCACCCGCUCGACCUAGAAUUGCAUGCCCGGCAUGUGUUGCUUCUCGAGAAGAUACGUGACACCUCGCCGCUACGAGAGCUCUUCAAGGAAGGGGGACGACGCCUACAUAAUGGCGGACGGAGAGUCGAGACGUUAGACCAGGCCAAGGAGGCGGUUAAGAACGGGUACACGCCGCAUUACCAUGUUUGUGGUACUACGGCCAUGUUGCCCCGAGAGUCGGGCGGUGUGGUGGACUCGAAACUGAGAGUGUACGGGGUGGACGGCCUGAGAAUCGUCGAUGCCGGUAUCUUUCCGCUGAUUCCGAGAGGAAAUAUUCAAAGUUCUGUCUAUGCGGUUGCUGAGAGGGCUGCUGAUCUUAUUAGAGCGGGCGAGUAGUACUCAAAGGAGUAGUUCGAGAAGCCGGUGAGUCCAGUAGAGCAGUCAUGGGACCAUGCGAUAUCAUAGGUGAAACUUUGGCUUCACAUGCCCCUGCCACGCGUUGAUCCUUUCAGAGCAUACCGAUACGCUCAAGACCGAUACCUAUAAUAACAUCCUUUUUCCAUUCCUUCCGGCUUCUAUGCGUACCUCGAUCGCGUCUGCAACCGUAAAUUAUUCUAACCGGAAUGGCACUGUCCAACUUACUGAGGUAGUAGCAUACAGCAUGUUGCUGUUUUUAACAACAGCCGCUGGAUUAAUACCGUCAGAGGCCUGGUGAGAUCGAAGUUUGGCCCAUGGAAGUCAGUGGGAGGUCUGUUGGCGGCUGGUCCUAGAGCAUAGUUUCACCAAUCGAAAUGCGCCCCCUUACCGAUUGACAGUAGAUCAGUAUGUACUGGCUAUGCGUCUUAGGAGAGAAGUCGCGAAC